AUGACUGGUAGCUAUUCUCCCGGCUAUGCCAAGAUAAACAAGCGAGGGGAAAAAUGUGAUGAGCCACUCGUCUCUGGACUCCCCCAUGUGGCUUUCAGCAGCUCCUCCUCCAUGACUGGUAGCUAUUCUCCCGGCUAUGCCAAGAUAAACAAGCGAGGAGGUGCUGGGGGAUGGUCUCCAUCAGACAGUGACCAUUAUCAAUGGCUUCAGGUUGACUUUGGCAAUCGGAAGCAGAUCAGUGCCAUUGCAACCCAAGGAAGAUACAGCAGCUCAGAUUGGGUGACCCAGUACCGGAUGCUCUACAGCGACACAGGGAGAAACUGGAAACCCUAUCAUCAAGAUGGGAAUAUCUGGUUGGUUAGUGAUGCUUCUUCCAUUAUAUUUGAAGUCAUUGAUGUUGUCCAGGAAAAGAAAAGAGCCCAGGACAGAGUUUUUGGAGAAUAUGAACAGGCAGAGGAGGAUGAAAAUAAAGCCAGAAAGAUGAAUAGGAAAUCAGGAGAACAGGGGGAUAUGGGAAUGUUGGUGGGGGUUACCUAUGCAGUUCUAGUAAAGAAACCAAAGGGCAAAACAGAAUUUCAGAAGGGGGCAAGUGAUCAACACUAUUAUCGCUAUGAAAAAACUAAUACAGAUAUCUUCAUUGGAGCACUAUUUGUAAAGCACACACUUUUCAAGUCUUCUAAAGCAAAUCUCUUUGUAACCAUCAGAAGGGCUGGAAAUGAAAAUAUGUUUGCAAUUGACAUAGUGCAGGAACUGGUUAACAGCUUCAAAGAAUUUAUAAAGAAUAUUUGUCCCUGA